UUUCCAACAGGAGAGGGACCGCAGACAUUCUCCAUUCUCUUGCCGGGCAGCACAGUCUCUGUCUGGGCAGCCAUGAACAGCCGCAGCGCUGCCUGCCUCCUCCUCAUCAUCACCGUCAGCAUCCGCUGUCUGCGUCCCAUUUUGGACAAUAAGUGACAGUGUAGUGUCUAUGAAGAGUGUGGACCAGCUGACAUUAACAUGCAGCAUCUUUAAGUCUCAGACGGCGGAGCUCGGCAGCAGCAGCGGAGGGAGAGGGGAGUAAAUAGACGGCGGAAUGGCGGAGAGGUGUGUGCGUUUUUCUGGGCUGUGGUGUCUGACGGCGGCGGAGAGAUGCUCUGAGCUCUGGCAUUAGACGGCAGCUGCGCACCGAGCUGCUCUCGCCCCCUCCCCUCCCCUCCUCACCCUCCUCCUCCUCCUCCUCAGCAUCAUCUCUGGUCUGCUCGCCCCGACCAUUCACUGAAACCGGGGAAUCGGCUCCACACUGCUCGCUGUGCUCACUACCAUUGGCGUCCUGCACGGGAAUUUGACACAACCAGAGAGAUGUUCCUUCUCUGGAAGUGGGGGACUGGAUUAAAAAGUAAUUGUGAGCCUCAACGUGGACUGUGGUUUUAGUGAUCGUGAGCUGCUCACUGCAAAGCUGUGUGAUUGUGCUUGGCUCAGCACCGCUGCAUUCUCAGCCAACUUCUUCUUUCACUAGAUGAUUAACAGUCCACAGGAUUACCAUCCAUGGUUUCUGCCCUAAUAAAGACUAUAUCAUCCUACAUUGAAAAGAUUUGCAAAGGAAUGUUUACAAAGAAAUUGGCAAACCCAAUAAAGAAGAAAGAGAGAAGUGAAAAUAAAGAACCUAAAUUGACCACCGAUGUGCAAGCAAACAAUCCAAAUCUAUCUAUUACACUGAAGACCACAGUGAAAAAGAUUUCCAAAUGCUCUUCGGCACGUAACAUAUCACUUGAAGACGACGACGGAAAGAACGACUGUUCAUCUCUGUCACCCACUUUUAGUUAUCGUGUAGCUAUAGCAAAUGGACUCCCAAAAAACUCUCCUUUUUUGAACAAUAAUGAAUGCAUAUUUCCUGAGGUUCUUUCAAUUGAUAGUAGUUACUCUGACUCUUUGAGUGAGACAAAACCUGUCCGGAGACUGGAUGAGCAUAAAUCACACACCAUGCCUGUAAGACGAAAUAGAAAGAGCCUCAUUAGUUUGGCUCCCUCUGACGGCAGCUCUGAAGGUGAAAGAGUGGAACGCUCAAGUCUUCACACACUUAGACUGGGUGCUCUACGCAAGUUAAGAAAAUGGAAAAAGAGUCAGGAAUGUGUCUCCUCAGACUCAGAGGUGAGCAAUUGGAGGAAAACACUGGGCAUCCGGAGCAAGUCCUUGGACCGUGCUGGACGUCAGCAGAAGAGUUCAACCCUGGAGCCUGGUUCCUCCUCCACAGGUUGUAUCAGUCAAACACAGGAUGUUAUGGAGAUGAUUUUUAAGGAGCUUCAAGGAAUCAGCCAGAUAGAGACUGAACUGACUGAGUUGCGUGGCCACGUCAAUGCCCUAAAAAGCUCCAUUGAUGAGAUCUCCAGUAGUGUGGAAGUAGUUCAGAGUGAGAUUGAGCAGCUUCGCUCAGGAUUUGUCCAGUCCAGAAGAGAGACACGGGAUAUCCAUGACUACAUAAAACAAAUUAGCCACCAGGCAAAUAACUCAACUUUGCGGUUUCUCAAUGUUCCUGAAGAAAGGUCAGAGAAAACAGAAAGCGUAAUAUAUAAAAUAUUAAAAGACAGAAUGGGUUUUACUGAUGCCCGUAAAAUAAUAAAAAUCGAACUUGCUCAUAGGCUAGGUCAACAAAGAGAAUGUUCUAAUGCGAAACCCCGCCCCAUUAUUGUCAUUUUUGCAACAACUCAAGAUAGGGAUGUAGUCUUGAAAAAAUGCUAUAAACUUAAAGGAACAGGAAUCACAGUUUCUACUGAUAGUUUAACUCAUGAUGGAAAGGAGAAAAAAGACAAAGCAAUGUCCUCUUCACAAACAUAUGAAAGCAUGGAUUUAAAGGUUUCAGGGAAGGAAAAGGUAGUGGAGAGUGAUGACUGGGACUCAAUGGACAGUGAUAAAGAAUUAGAUGAAUUAAGCAGAAACAAAUAUGCAAUGGUGAUAUCCAAGCCUGUUCACAAGAGUAAAUCAGAGAAGAGACGGUCACAUGACCAUAGCCAGUCAGGAGAAGAAGCAGGCUACUCAGGAGCAGUUCAUUAUGCUGAUGACUCUUACUAUGACACAGACAAGCAUGCUAAGGCAUACUACUCUGAUAUGACCCCUGGUUGGCUUUCCCAGAGUGACUAUUCCUCCCCUAAACUUAGCCGAUCAGAAUCUGACUGCUCAAAACUUUGCCAAUCAUACUCUGAAGACUUUUCAGAGAGUCAAUAUUUUACACGUGCUAAUGGAGGCUCCUUGUUGUCCUCCUCAGACCAGGAAUUGUGGCAGAGAAAACAAGAAGACAUGGCUUCCUCAUGGUAUGCUAGCCCCAGUCAUCAAAAUCAAACCUAUGAACACAAUGAGGUUGAGACAACAGAAACGAUUGACAGUGGAGUGAGCAAUGGACUUGUAUGCAUGUCUGGUGAUAGAAGCCACUAUAGUGGCUCUCAGGUCUCUCUGCAAGGUGAUCUGUCACCCUGGAAAGACUGGCAUCAUCUGGAACAGGGUGCAGACUCUGGCUUGGAAGCCUCCAUAGAGGUCAGCAGUCCAUUUGACCCUUCAACCAUCCCAGGUUUUCCAGAGAACAUAACUAAAUGUCAGGAGGUUGAUUUACAAUUUGAAGGAGAUGAAGAAUUCAUGAUGUUUGACAGAGAAUCUUCUCUGCCACCUGUAACUACCCAUGUCAUUCCUCACAUCGCAGAGCGUGAGCCUGUCAUCAAGCCAUCUGCUCGGCAGUCUAAAGAGGGAUGUAAGGUGAGCACAAAAGAAAGCAUGAAACCAUCAUCUAAAGAUGCGCCUAAAGCUGCUGCUAAAGCAACUCAUAAACAAACUAAAUUGGCUCCUAAAGAAGAAAGCACCAAGAUAUUACCAAAGGAAAGCCCCAAACUAACCGCAAAGGCUACACCUCAAGUGACCUCUAAAGCAGCUCCUAAAGAGUCAUCAAAAGAAAUUCAGAAAUCAGCAGCUAAAGAAUCUUCUCAAGUCCCCAUUAAAGACAGUUCUAAACAAACAACUAAAGGUGCAACAAAGCCCAUUGUUAAAGAGGUAUCUAAAAUUCCAUCCAAGGUAACCUCUAGUGAGACUGUAAAAGUCACACCGAUUAUGUUUUCUAAAGAAAGUCCUAAAGAGUCACCCAAAGACAGCCCUAAAAUAACUCCAAUUGAAAGCCCUGUCUUAACACCUAAAGAAUCCCCCAAAGAGUCCCCAAAAGAAUCCCCUAAAGUCAUAGCUAAAGAGUUACCACGUGUUCCAUCUAAAGAAGGUCUAAAAGUUGUUGCUAAAGAGGUCACCAAAGAAGCUACAAAACUACCCCCAAAAGAAUUAUCAAAACUACCCCCAAAAGAAUUAUCAAAACUACCCCCAAAAGAAGCAACAAAAGCAACCACGAAAGUGGCACCUAAGGAGACAGUACCCACAAAAGACGUUUCUAAAGUUCCACCUAAAGAAUCACCACCAGUUCCUAAAGAGAAUUCUAAGGUGCCCCCAAAAGACAGCCAUAAAGCUGCCUCAACAGAAGCCCCUAAAGUAGCACCCAAGGUAGCCUCGACAGAAGCCCCCAAGGAUACCCCAAAAGCAGCUCCCAGAGAGAAAUUCCCUGAACUGGAUGUCAAUCAUAGUUUUCAUCAAACCCAGAAUAAGUCUACAGCUAUGUACCGCAGUCAGAGUGAGAUUCGGACAGAGAAGGUUGAAGAGGUUCCUAAGUCUUGGAGUAGUAGGCUCAGUAUAGAUCUCAGUGAGAAGUCCUUUGGUUUUGGUUUUGGCUCUACUCUGCAGAGGGCUAAGUCAGCUCUGGAAGUUGUUUGGAAAUCUGGUGCUCCAAACACCCCUGCUCCUCCUGAGGAGCCAAUCAAUCCUCCUUCAUCAUUCAUGGGACGUUUCCGCACCCUGUCCACCUCCACUGCAAAUACCUCUAGUACGGCUAUAGACUCCGAUGUCCACAAAGAGCCUGUCUUCUACAAGGCAGAGGAAGAGAAACCAAAUGUAGAAGCAAAAGCUGGUGAACAACAAGAAGAUGGUGAAACCCACUAUGUUGAAGUGAUGGAGCAGGUACUAGCUAACUUGGAGAACAGAACUAAUGCAAAUGAAUCAGAUGAGUUUACACAACAGUGUGAGACUACUCAGGACUAUAAUGUGUCUGAUGACAUUGAGGCAUUAGACGAUAAUGCCUUUCAGGAUUUUGAAGAUUCUCAAGAUUUUGAUGAAAGCAAGAAUUAUGAGGAAAGUAAAGAGGCACAUGUUUUGGAGUAUGAUUGCAGUUUGGAUGAUCAAUAUGAUGAAGAGUACAUUGAGGAAUAUGGAACCGAACUCACUGAGGAUACUGCUGCAUAUGAUGCAAUGGUGGAGUAUGUAGAUGUUGAAGAACCAGAUGAGAUGACUGAGGACAAUGAUGUUACAGAGGAGAUGGACGAGGGUGACGAAGAGCUAGAGGAGAUAGAUGAGAUAAUAGAGGAAGCCACCGAGGUGACUGAAAAAGUGGAGCAAAAAGUGGAGGAUGAAAACAAAAAUGUUGCAGAGGAGAAGCCCAUAGAGGCCCCACCCAAGAAACGAAUCCGACCUACAUUUAAGGAGGCAGCACUCAGGGCCUACAGAAAACAGAUGGCUGAACUGGAGCAGCAGAUCCUGGCAGGAGACACCAGUGCUUUGGAUUCUCAGCCUCGCAGUAUUUUGGAUGUCUGCAUGCCUGGUUUGCAGACUGGAGGGGCUGGCAGUAUUCUUUAUGGUAUUGACAGUAUGCCAGAUUUACGUCGCAAGAGGACAAUGCCUCUUGUCCGAGACCUGGCAGGCAUCUCAUUCGCUCUAGUGAACCGGUCCACCCUGAAUAAUGAGGACCUGAAACUGCAUGUGUUCAAGAAGACUCUACAGGCCUUGAUCUACCCAAUUUCCUCCACAACACCCCAUAACUUUGAGGUUUGGACAGCGACAGCGCCCACCUACUGCCAUGAGUGCGAGGGGCUGCUGUGGGGCAUCGCCCGUCAGGGCAUGCGCUGCUCAGAGUGUGGCGUUAAAUGUCAUGAGAAGUGCCAGGACCUGCUCAACGCGGACUGUUUACAAAGGGCUGUGGAGAAAAGCUCCAAGCACGGGGCAGAGGACAAGACCCAAAAUAUCAUAAUGGCUAUGAAGGAGCGCAUGAAGAUACGAGAAAAGAACCGCCCAGAGGUGUUUGAGGUGAUCCAGGAGAUGUUCCACGUCUCCAAAGAGGAUUUCACCAGCCACCUGAAAACAGCCAAGCAGGCUGUGCUUGAUGGGACCUCCAAGUGGUCUGCCAAAAUCAGCAUCACAGUCAUGAGUGCACAAGGCUUACAGGCCAAGGAUAAAACUGGCUCCAGUGAUCCUUACGUCACCGUGCAGAUCGGUAAAACCAAACGCAGAACGAAGACCAUCUUUGGCAACCUCAACCCGGUGUGGGAUGAGAAGUUCUACUUUGAAUGUCAUAACGCCACCGACCGCAUCAAGGUGCGCGUCUGGGAUGAAGACGACGACAUCAAAUCGCGGGUGAAGCAGCACUUUAAGCGCGAGUCAGAUGACUUCCUGGGUCAGACCAUCAUUGAGGUCCGCACACUCAGCGGGGAGAUGGACGUUUGGUACAAUUUAGAUAAGAGGACGGAUAAGUCUGCUGUGUCUGGGGCUAUUAGACUCAAGAUCAGUGUGGAGAUGAAAGGGGAGGAGAACGUGGUCCCUCCCCAUGGCCAGUAUACCUGUUUACAUGAGAACCUGUUCCACUGUCUGACUGAGGUGAAGAACAACGGCGUAGUGAAGAUCCCGCAGGUGAAAGGGGACGAGGCGUGGAAGGUGUACUUUGACGACGUGUCUCAGGAGAUAGUGGACGAGUUCGCCAUGAGAUACGGAGUGGAGUCUAUCUAUCAGGCUAUGACGCACUUCUCAUGUCUGUCCGCCAAGUACAUGUGUCCUGGUGUGCCAGCAGUGAUGAGCAACCUGCUUGCUAAUAUCAAUGCCUACUUUGCCCACACGACCACCACCACCACAACCACUGCCUCUGCUUCUGACCGGUUUGCUGCCUCUAACUUUGGAAGGGAGAAAUUUGUCAAGUUACUGGAUCAGCUGCACAACUCACUGAGGAUCGAUCUCUCCAAAUACCGGGAUAAUUUCCCUGCAGGGAACCCAGAGCGACUUCAAGAUCUCAAGUCCACUGUUGAUCUGCUGACUAGCAUCACCUUCUUCAGGAUGAAGGUGCAGGAGCUCCAGAGUCCACCGAGAGCCAGCAUGGUGGUGAAAGACUGUGUGAAAGCAUGCCUGGACUCCACAUACAAAUACAUUUUUGAUAACUGUCACGAACUCUACAAUCAACUCCUCGACCAGAGUCGGAAGCAGGAGAUUCCCCGUGAGGAGCAAGGUCCAUCAAUAAAGAACCUGGACUUCUGGCCAAAACUCAUCACUCUCAUGGUGUCUGUAAUCGAUGAGGACCGGACAGCUUACACCCCAGUCAUAAACCAGUUUCCACAGGAGAUGAACGUCGGGAAGAUCAGCGCUGAGAUCACAUGGACCCUCUUUGCUCAAGAUAUGAAGUAUGCGAUGGAAGAGCAUGAAAAGCAGCGUCUAUGCAAAAGUACAGAAUACAUGAAUCUUCACUUCAAAGUGAAAUGGUUCCAUAAUGAGUAUGUCCGUGAUCUGCCGGCCUUCAAGGAUGUUCCCCCGGAGUAUUCGCUUUGGUUCGAGCCAUUUGUCAUUCAGUGGCUUGAUGAGAAUGAGGAUGUUGCAAUGGAUUUCCUGAACGGAGCUUUGGGAAGGGACAAGAAAGAUGGAUUUCAGCAAACCUCAGAGCACGCCCUCUUUUCUUGCUCGGUGGUGGAUGUGUUCACUCAGCUGAACCAGAGUUUUGAGAUUAUCAAAAAGCUAGAGUGUCCAAACCCACAGGCUCUGGCUCACUUCAUGUGCCGCUUUGCAAAGACUAUCAACAAAGUUCUCCUGCAGUAUGCAGCAAUUAUAUCCAAGGACUUUCCGUUGUAUUUGAGUAAGGAGAAUGUGCCCUGCAUCCUCCUCAACAAUAUCCAGCAGCUCCGUGUCCAGCUGGAGAAGAUGUUUGAGUCCAUGGGAGGCAAACAGGAGGAGGGGGUUGUGUCCUUCUGUAAGCUGGAUGCAGAGGCCAGUGAUCUGCUGAAGGAGCUGCAGAAUAAACUCAACACCGUGCUCGAUGAGCUCAGCGGAGUGUUCGGCUCCAGUUUCAAACCUGUGAUCGAGGACUGUGUGAAGCAGAUGAAUCAGGAACUGGUCCAGAUGAAAGGGCCAGCCAAAGGGAGCAACGCUGCCAUGGAUGCAGAGAGUGUCCUUCGUCCUCUCAUGGACCUUCUGGAUAAAAAUUUGAUGUUAUUUGCCAAGAUUUGUGAGAAGACCGUGCUGAAACGAGUCCUCAAAGAGCUUUGGAAAAUCGUGCUGAACACCAUCGAGAGAACGAUUGUUCUCCCUCCGCUCAGUGACCAGAAUCAAGGAGCUCAGAUGAUCUUCAGUGCCGCCAAGGACCUUGGACAGCUGUCCAAACUGAAGGAGCAUGUAAUUCGAGAGGAAGCCAGAAGUCUGACUCCACGCCAAUGUGCAGCCAUGGACCUUGUGCUUCCCACCAUCAAGCAAUACUUCCAUGCUGGAGGAAAUGGGCUGAAGAAAACCUUCCUGGAAAAGAGCCCCGAUAUGAAGUCCCUCAAAUAUGCGCUCAGCCUUUACACUCAACCUACAGAUGCCUUGAUCAAGAAAUAUAUAUGCACCCAAACCUCUCAAGGUCAGUCAUCUAACGGAUCAGUGGGGGAGGUGUCGAUGGAAGUGAAUCUCAUCUCUCAUCCUGGCACUGGAGAGCACAAAGUCAGCGUGAAGGUGGUUGGCGUGAACAAUCUCAUCUGGCAGACCAACGCCAUGUUCCGUCCGUUUGUGGAGGUCAACGCGGUGGGACCACACCUGGCCGACAAGAAGCGCAAAUUCAGCACCAAGACCAAGAAUAACAAUUGGUCACCAAAGUACAACGAAACAUUCCAGUAUGUUCUGAGUAAUGAACAUGGUCCGGAGGCCUACGAGAUCCAUGUUUCAGUGAAGGACUACUGCUUUGCACGCGAGGACCGCAUCGUCGGCAUGACGGUCAUCCAGCUCAGAGAGCUGGCAGACAAGGGCAGCUGCGCCGCCUGUUACCCACUGGUGAAAAGCAUCUGCAUGGACGAAACGGGCAUCACCAUCAUGAGGAUACUCUGUCAAAGGACCAAUGACGAGGUGGCCAAAGAGUUUGUGCGUCUCAAGACCGACACGCGCUCCACGGAGGAAGUGUCGUAGUGUGCGGCCAAAAUGCAGUGCUAAAAAAAAAGAAAAGAUAAAAGAGUCGUGUUGUCUUAAGUGAGCGAUAGAUAGAAAAAGAAGGUGAAAGAGCAGUAGCAACCGUUGUAGAGGCUGGAAACCGAUGGAGAGAGAGAGAGAGAGAGAGAUUGUCGUCCAAAGAGAAGCAGAGCAGGCCCAGAUGUGGCAAAGCGGCGAGAGAUAGAAAGAGAGAGAAGUGUUUGUUUGUUUGUUUGUUUUUGUGCAUGUGUGUAAAACAUCUGUUGGAAUGUUCAUUUUAAAAACUACAGUAUGUACAAGUGUUUACUUAUCGUAUGCUUACUAUUAAGUACUAUAUUCUACGAGUUAUGUUAACAAGACAUGAAAAAACCUUUUGUACAACAUUUAGUCUUUUUGAACAGAGAUUUGUUCCAAUAAAGUGCCAAACCAGUGGAAAAAAAGAACAAAAAGUAUAUGAAUUAUGGUGAACUUAGUAUGUUUGAAAUUUGCUCAGUUAAGUUGUCUGUGGUAAGUCAUUUUUGGACCGUGUGGCAUUUUGAUUGUUGCGGAGUUUUUUUUUUCAUUUUGCACCCCUCGUUUCUUGGCUUCGUGUUCUUCCACACAGCACCGUUGUGCAUGUUCUCUUCUCGGUCAUGUCUCUUCCAUGAUUCCACACCGUGACCAACGAGCAGGCUCCUGUCCCCUUUGCCUUCAGACUGUUUGUAUUUGAAGUCCACCUGAAAAUAGACCAUGUUUUUUUAAUAUGGCGAUGACUGCUAUGUAGACCUUCAUAGGUGUUUGUAAUUUUAUAACCAUAACAACAACAACAACAACAAUGACGCGACAGCCUCCAGUGCUAACAGUCUUAGGAGAAAGGAUGGAAACGUGUUUUUUGUUCUUUGAUUUGGGCCAUCGGCUUCCAGCCUUUCUGAAUGACCACUGUGAACAUGAGCUUUGGAAGGCAAGCUUACAUGAUAUUGCUGACAGUUUGAUAUUGUUUCAUGUUUUUCCGAUAACUUUGUUCCCGAUAAACUGCCAAAGUUACUUAAAAUAUUUGUACAAAAGCAAUCCAUCACAUGUAUAAUAUAUAUGUAUACAUACUUAUAUAUAUAUAUAUAUAUAUACACAUGAGAUCUAUUACUUUUUCAGUGCUAACUAUUUUAUUGUUCAUAGGGUGGUACUCAGAUCUUUUUUUAUUUUUAUUUCCUGUGAAGCUGUUAACAGAUAUUAAAGUUGCACAUGUUACUUAACACAUUAGUUAUAUUAGCUUCUGUCACUGGAGUUAUUUUUCUUCAUAAAGGAAAGAGUCUAACAUUUGGUAAAUAUGCAACAUUCCUAUGUAUUGCACUGAUGGCGAAUUAUAUGUCAUGUAAAUAUAUUUAGUGAUAUAUUGUACAAAAGUCUACUUUUUCUUCAAUGUCCAUAAAGUAUGUGCAAAUGUGUUAAGAAAUCUGUGCAGUAAGUUUCCCCUUUAACACCAGAAUGCGAAUAUAUAUCAUGUCUGAGGAUUUUUAUAGUUGAAGUGUCAAGUUCAAGUGACAUAGUGCUAGUCAUGUGGUUUGAAUCUACAAAAAAAGGAAGAAAAAAGUAUCCUGAAUUAGCCUUAACGACAUGUAUGUGGUCAGUGGUGUCCAGUGUGGCUGUCUCAUAGACCCAUCGGUUCUAUUAUUUCAGA